ACGCAUUCAGUAAACCGACGAAUGUUGAACUUGAUAAACGUGCGCGUCGAGCUUUUGUCGUUCAAACCACGGUUUGUUUUGGUUUAUUCCAUCUGUGAAAAACAACAGAGAAGUAAAUAAAUUUCAACAAGGCGAAAACACUUCAAGCCAAACACGACAGCACGGGCCACACGGGUACAUCGAGUACGGUAAAAUUUUAGAUACCCGCUUCUCUCCACUGUUCGGGGGCCAUCAACAUGUGCCGCUGUUGUCAGAACUGCUUAGAAGAUUUAUACUGGAACUGCUUUGAGGAACGCUUUUGCUAUGAUGAAUCGAUCGCUAACUACAAUGCAGACGAUGAUGAGGAAUAUCUGGCUUCACAGAAGAACGGCGUCAUCAUUAACCGAAUCCAACCUACGACUACCGACAACAACAAUCUGUUAACUGUGCCGCAGCCGAUUUGCGACCAGCCCGUGGGGAGGGGUGGAAACUCUGGCCUGAUGAGCGCCAAGAUACAUGAGGAGGAUUAUCGAAGGGUGACGCAAACGAAUGUACCGAUGCUCGGACCAGAGAUACUGGCGGUGUUCGCCAACUCGCAAAUCUUCCAGGAUCACCAACCGACAAAGCUAAACCGUAUCAGCACAAAGACUUACUUAGCUGGCGUCCACUCGCCCAACAAGGAGAUGCCCACAACACCACGCCUCAGCGAGCAGGAUCGCUUGCUGCGCCGUUUGGAAGCUGGUCUUCAGAGGGAUGCCACCGACUCUACGAAGCCUGAACUUGAGGCUAUUGUGCCUUCUGCUACAACGGAAAAACGAAUCACAUUCACAUUAGCCCCCUCGGACUCGUCACCAGAGGGAAGUCAGACGUUGACCCCGGAAAAGUUCGAACCGAUUGCCGAGGUAGAUAAGGAAGAGGAGAAGGAUGAUGAGGUGAUAUUGCGACCUCGCCUUAUUGAUCGCCAUCCACACUUGAUGCCAAGCGUUGGCGGAAUGUCAGCAACAUCGAAGCGCAUUCUUCGAUCUGCGAAGAGCGUGCCCCACAUGAACGUUAGGGAUGCGGUCAGCGAAACUGAUAUAUUCGCGAUCACUGGAACUGGCAGCCAGAUCAGUAUGACGCCCGAGGUACCAUCAAUAUCGUUUAGCAAUCUGCCGAAGAACUACGAAGACACGCCGACAAUUGAAAAGUAUCGCGUCUCGCAGAGUCUCUUCUCCAUUCAGAAUGCGAAUGCAGCUCGGGCUUCGCAGGAUGAUUAUUCCAUGCCGCGCUACUUCCGCAGAUCUAACAUUCUCUUGACGACACAAAGCACUGAAAUUCUGCCCGGCUCCACUUCGCUCGCAUCCUUAUCCACAUCAGCUUCAGUUGCCUCUACCUCUUCAUCCAAGGACGAAUUGCGUCGUCCCGAGCAGGUAAAGAGCAAGCGUCUGCAGAUGUUGCGUGGCAACUUGCCACCACUUCUUAUCCAUUCAGUCUCCUUCAAGCGCAAUCGGGACGAAAGCAGACAAGUCGAUUAGGCAUUGUACCACAUUAACUGUUUCACACAACGACAAAAGUACAUUUACUAAAUCUAUUUUUU